GAACAAGGGACAAGGUGUGCCUUUGUAAGGUACCUCAUUCCACGGAACCGGCUUCCAUUAGGUAGGUACCUACGGAGCACACUCUCACCUUUCGCCUUUCCCACCUGUUCUUGCAGCGGAUUCCAUCAAACAAUCGCACCCGACAGAUUCCAGGCGCAAAUCGGCCUUGCUCCGACUCGGAGAGCCCCCACUAUUAUUUCAUCCGCGCCGCUCCCGUCUCCCAUUGCUUCUCACAUCCAGCAGCUUUCCCCAUCUUCCUUUUUUUCUUUCCCUUAAAGUGCUUUUGCUCUAUUUCCUAGAGUUAUCGCUACUGUUGCCGUCGCUGCGCUGCUUGUCCUCACGCGAUUCAUCGUACCUACCCCUCACGAUAUUUACGACGUAACGGCUGUACCUCACUGACCCUCCUUGACUUCGUUUUUCCUCCUCAUCUCGUUCGAGUGUCAAUCGCGAAAGAAACGCCCCCCCCCCCCUUCCCCCCCUCAAAAAACAGCGAAACAAAGCUACAACUUGUCGACAACUUGAUGCCCCUCCCCAGCGCAAACGUCUCGAUUGCGACUCUCACGAAGGCGAACAAGCACCUAGUCCCUCGAAUACCUCACAUCAACGACGAUAUGGCGGCCGCUGCCCCUCCCGCUGCCGAGACCUCGCGUCAAUAUGUUCCUCUGACCUGCCAUGGUCACUCUCGACCUGUUCCUCAUGUCUGCUUCUCUGGCCUUGAGAAGGGAGAGCAAUACUACAUGAUCUCGGCUUGCAAGGAUGGAAAUCCAAUGUUGCGCGAUGGCGUUACUGGCGAUUGGAUCGGAACCUUCAUUGGCCACAAGGGUGCUGUCUGGCAGGCCAGAUUGAGUCCUGAUGCCUCCAACGCCGCAACCGCCUCUGCCGACUUCACCGCCAAGGUCUGGGAUACUCACAGUGGAGAGGUCCUGUACACCCUCCAGCACAACCACAUUGUCCGCGCCGUCGCUUACCCGCCUGACAACUCUGAGCUCAUCGCCACAGGAGGCAUGGAGAAGAAGCUUCGCGUCUUCGACCUCAGCGAUUUCACCCCCGAUCCCAACUCUCCCGCCGGUACGCCCAUCACUGUGCCCGCCUCGGCUGGCUUUGAGAUUGGCGAAGGCACCCAUACUGGCUCCAUCAAGUUCAUUGCUUGGACCAAGGAUCCUAACACGAUCGUCACUGCGUCCGACAACACCCUCAGAUGGUUCGACCUGCCCACCCGCAACGUCAUCCGUCAGGAGGUCCUGGACGGCGAGAUCAAGUCCUGCGAGCUCGUCUCCCUUGCGCCCGAGCACACCUCUCCCGGCGAUAUCGGAGGCGGUCUUCCUGUCUUGGCUGUGGCCGCCGGCAAGUGGGUAUACUUUUGGGGAGGCCCGCAAGCGAUGGACGAACUCAAGCGUUUGGAACUGAAGCAUGGUGUUGCAAGCGUCGGUUUGGACCUCAAGGGUCGCAAGAUUGUCAUGGGUGAAGAGCCGGGUACCUGGGCACGCGUCUGCCGCUGGGACGACGCUGGCGAGAUUGAGACUCUCAAGGGGCACCAUGGCCCCAUCUGGUCCAUUGCCUUCUCCCCAGACGGCAAACUGUACGGAACUGGAUCCGAGGACGGCACGAUCAAAAUGUGGAAGAAUUGCGACGGAUUUUACGGACUCUGGCGUGGCGGUGCCCCAACUGCUGAACGUAACGUGGACUAGAGGAGCACGUCUUCCAGCACAGGUUCUCGCAGCGAAGGAAGUGAUGCAAUCACUCCAACAAGCAGCAGGGUCUCGUCGGGCUCAUUCAUGGACGGAGUCUCUCAUUUGAGCAACAACUCUGUCACGGAAACUCCCGCAAUUGCCCACCAGCUGAUGGACCGCUUCUUUGCCACGGCUACAAGCAAGCUCGAGGCUGGGAUCCCCGCCUCUAGACUUGCUGAUAGAGAUCGCUACCAGCACAGAGCAGAGUGAAGCCCUCUGAGAUGCCGGCUCUACUAGUUCAGUUGGUGACCAUAUGUUUUUCGUAGAAAAGUACGCACGAGCAAACCCACAAUGGUCGGGUUGCUCUGAGCGGCCAAGGCUUCGAGAAUUAGGC